AUGACAACAACAAGUAAAAAUAUUGAAUUAAUUGUUAAACAAUGGACUUCAUUUGAUUUGAAAACAAUUCAGCAUGAUUUGGAUGUAACAGCAACUGAAAUAGCUAGUCGUGCUGAUGAAAGUGAUCAAUCAAGAAGAAAAUUGGUUGAAUUAAGUCGAGAUUUUAAGAAAAAUACCAACGAAGAUGUGCGAAAAGCCGUUGCACCUAUAUUAAAAUCGUUCCAAAUCGAAAUUGAUAAUUUAUCAAAACGAAGUAAAGCAGCGGAAAAAGCAUUUUUAGAAAUCUAUCGACAUUUAAGUGAACUACCAGAUCCGGUGCCAGCACUUGAAUACGCUCAAACAUUACAGCGACGAGCAGAAAAAGUAUCUGAUCUUGAAGUUGAAAAUCAAAAACUACGAGAAACAUUAGACGAGUAUAAUCACGAAUUUGCUGAUGUGAAAAAUCAAGAAGUAACAAUCAAGCAAUUGCGUGAGAAAAUUAAAGAUUUAGAAGAUAAAACAGAAUCAACAAUUCAGCAACGUAUUAAAGAAAAAGAAAAAGAGUUUCAACGUAUAUUCGCUGAAAAAGAACGUCAGUUGCAAAAUCAACAAUUUGAUCUUGUUACUAAAUAUGCCGAAAUGGAAAUGCGUCAAACACAAUUACAAUCAACAUUAGAUCAUGCACAUCAAGAAAUGUUUGAAUAUAAAUCAAAACAAGAAGAUGCAACAAGUGCACGUUCAUCUGAAAUUGAUAUACUUAAUCAAGAUUUAGAACGAGCUAAUGAACGAGCAUCGAAUGCUGAACGUAUAGUUGAUAAAUUACGUGAACAACUUGAUCAAACACAAAAAUUCAUGACAUCCGUAUCAACAAAUAAUAACACUGAUGAAAUAAUUUCACAAGAAGAAAAUGAAAGAAAAUUACGUGAAAAACUUGAAUUUGAAUUAGCAUCUAAAGAACGUGAAAUAUCAGCACUUGUUAUUGAUACACAAAAAUUACAAUCAACUUUAAUUAAAGUUAAAGAAACAUCUGUUUCACAGAUAUCUGAUCUUGAAAAUGUUUUAAAUGCAAAAGAAAAAAUCAUUGCACAACUUGAAAGUAAAUUACAUAGUCAAGCUGAUUAUGAUGAAAUAAAACGUGAAUUAACUAUUCUAAAAUCAAUUGAAUUUCCUUCAUCAAAUAAUUCAAAUAAUGAUCAAACAAGUAAUGUGCCAAAGAAAUCAUUAGAAAUACUUUUAUUAGAGAAAAAUCGAGCAUUACAAAGUGAACAAACACAAAUCAAAGUGGCACAUGCUGAUCUUGAAAGUAAUACUAAUCAUCAUUCAUAUCGUCACUAUUCUUCUCCAUGUUCACAUCAAACAAAUACUCUUUCUCUUCUUUCUUCUCCUUCAUCACCUAUUCCAAUUUCUUUAAAGUCAUCCUCUCAGUCUACAAAUUGUAAUACUACUGAGGAAAUGACUCAUUCUUUAAAUAAUUCUCCAUCAAAAAUCAUAUCACUAUUACCAUCAAACGAUAAUCUUCAAUCAAUACGUAAUUCUCUCUCUGCUCCUGUUGAUACAAAAUAUUCAUCAUGUCCAACAAUGAUUACUCCAACUGCUCCACUUACUUCAUCUUCUACAACAUCAACAUCAUCCGAUCACUGUUCCGGUCAACAACUCAAUUCUGUUCAAUGGACAAAACUUCCUUGUCCGCCACAAACAUCCUCAUCAUCAAGUCCAUCACCUUCAAGUAUAGCAACAACAUCAACAGAUAUAAAACCAUCGAUAUCUAUACCAACAAUUAAUAAUUCAUUAGAACCUCUUGAAACAACAUAUGUAGCUAAUAUUGUACGAAAAAUUCUUGCACAACAUAACAUAGGUCAACGUGUAUUUGCACGUUAUAUAUUAAGUUUAUCUCAAGGUACAGUUAGUGAAUUAUUAUCAAAGCCAAAAGCUUGGUCAAAAUUAACUGAAAAAGGCAAAGAAAGCUAUCGAAAAAUGUGGUCAUGGGCUAAUUCCGAAGAAAGUAUAUUAGCUUUAAAAAGUCUUAGUCCACGUAAAGGUUCAAAAGAUAAUACAUAUCCAUUAACACAACAAAAAGUUCUACAAGUUUUAUCUGAUGAACCAAAACGAUCUCGUACACCAUCAACAUCAUCAACAUCAUCUCGUGAACAUUCUCCUAAUGAACAACAAUCACUUAUAUCUCCUUCAAUGUUUUCAACAUUUGUUCCAUCAUUAUUAAUGCAAACAACAAAUAGACUUAAAAAUGAUAUUUAUUCACCAUAUAAUAUACUUUGUCCUCAACCAGAAAAUUAUCGUAAUUGGUUAAUGUUACAAGAAAUUGUUCGAACAAAUGCUAUGAUUAAACAAUUAAAACCAACAGAUAUUGAUGAAAAUGAACAAGAAAAUGAAGAUGAUACAGAUGAAAAUCCACUUGAUUUAAGUAUGAAAAUUGAUACAGAUCAAACAUUAAUUAAUAAACAAUCAACAAUAAAACAUAAUAAAACAAUUUUAAUGCCAUUAACUGAACAAGAUAUAACAAAAUAUCGUCAUAUUAAUACAAUUGAAUUAGUUCAAACAGUAAAAGAUAUAUUAAGUCGUUAUAGUAUAUCACAAAGACAUUUUGGUGAAAAAAUUCUUGGUUUAUCUCAAGGAAGUGUUAGCGAUAUUCUUGCUCGACCAAAACAAUGGGAAUUAUUAACACAAAAAGGUCGUGAACCAUUUAUACGUAUGCGUUUAUUUUUGGAUGAUGCAAAUGCAAUAAAACAACUUAUACAAACUGUUUCAUUAACAUUAUCACCAUCAACAUUUAAUGAUUUACAUUCAAAAAAUAUGAUUUCAAAUGAAAAUUCAAUUGAUUCUCAAUCAAAUGAUUGUUCACAAUUAAUAUCAAAUGAAAAUUUAUCAUCAUCAUCAUUAUUAAAUGAAACAAUAACAACAAUAAAUACUACAACUAAUAAUAAUAAAUCAAAAUCUCGUUCAAAAACUAAUAAUAAUAAUAAUCAAUGUCGACAACAAUCAAUUACAAAAUCACAAAAACCACCUUAUGAUUUACCAAUCAUACCUUUACCAACUGUGAUUGAUACCGAACAAUUAAGUUCACAAGUUCGUGAACUACUUUCUUCAUAUAGUAUUGGUCAGCGUGUAUUCGGUGAAGCUGUCUUGAAUCUUUCUCAAGGCACAGUUAGUGAAAUACUAUCAAAACCUCGACCUUGGCAUGCAUUAAGUGUUAAAGGUCGUGAACCAUAUAUACGUAUGUAUAGUUGGUUUCAUGAUACAGGCAAUGCACAAAAAUUACUUGCUUGGAAACAAGAACGAGAUGCUUUACGACGUACAACACGUACUCAAACAACAAGAGAUAAUAUUGAUAUUGAAAGUAAUAAUAAUUCUUCAAAACGACAUUAUUUAUUUACUGAUGAUCAAUGUCGUGUAUUACAACAGAUAUUUGAAAAUGAACCAUAUCCAAAUCAAUCAAGAUUAGAACAACUUGUUGAUGAAUUAUCAUUACCAAUGACUAAAAUAUCGAAUUGGUUUCAUGAUGCAAGAAUGAAAACUAAAACAAAUAUAAAUUCUUUAGAUAUAGAUAAACUUUCAACAUCACCUUUAAAUGAUGAUGAUGAUGAUGAUAAUAAUAAUAAUAAUAAUAAUUUAUCAACAAUUGAACCAUUAAAUAGUUCAUGGUUUAAUGAUUCUGAUAGUACAAAUAGUCCAAUGAGUUUAUCAACAAAUAUUGUUUCUUUAAUUGAUAAUAAAAAACCUACAGGAUCUGUAUCAACAUCAAUAUCAAGUAGUAAAAAACGAAAAUCAAUUCCACAAAAAAUAAUAACUACAAAAAAAUCAACAUCAAUUGAGAAUGAUCAUUAUGAUGAAACACUUGUGUCAAAUCAAACAACGAAUGAUUCAAUAAAUUUUGUUGAUAUUAAUACUUGA